GCCGAUACGCCAUCUACAUCGCCAACUACGCCAACGGCAACCUGGGUCCCCACGCGCUGCUGGAGAUGGACGUGGCCGCCAGCGACCCUGCUCGCGGCAUCGUGGUGCUGACUGACGUCGCCGCCGAGGCCGGGGUCAACAAAUACACAGGCGGCCGCGGGGUGGCCGUGGGCCCCAUCCUGAGCACCAGCGCCUCGGACAUAUUCUGCGAUAACGAGAAUGGGCCCAACUUCCUCUUCCACAACCAGGGGGACGGCAGCUUCGUCGACGCAGCUGCCAGCGUCGGCCUGGACGACCCCUACCAGCACGGCCGCGGCGUGGCCCUGGCCGACUUCAACCGUGACGGCAAAGUGGACAUCGUCUACGGCAACUGGAAUGGACCCCACCGCCUCUACCUGCAGAUGAGCGCCAGCGGGCGGGUCCGCUUCCGGGACAUCGCCACGCCCAAGUUCUCCAUGCCGUCCCCCGUCCGCACCGUCCUCGCGGCUGACUUCGACAACGACCAGGAGCUGGAGGUGUUCUUCAACAACAUUGCGUACCGGGGCUCCUCCGCCAACCGCCUCUUCCGGAUCAUCCGCAGGGAGCACUCGGACCCCGUGAUCGAGGAGCUGAACCCAGGAGACGCCAUGGAGCCCGAGGGCCGGGGCACUG